GCUGCAGACAUACACACACACACACACACAUACAUAUAUAUACCCUGGAGUCUCAAACACAGCACAUGCUAAAGCUCUCUCUCCAUCACACAUUCUGAAUGACUGCCUGCUACCAUCAGAGAACAUGGCACAGAUCUCACCAGCAUAGCUGCCUUAGCAGUCUUCCCAUUGGGGGGUAAAGUCAUAGGUGAAUGUUUACACCUUUGACCUUCUAUGCUUUUGCUUGCUCCAACUUUGCCACUUUUUUCCAUUUCUGCCUGUCACCCUCAUUGUAUUUUCCGCUAACGUAUUUUUGUGGAACUGCCACAGAUUACUUCUUGCCGCUUUCCUCACUUGUUUUUGUCAUCAACUUUGAACGUGUGACAGAGUCCCUGCUGCUGCUGCUGCUCUGAACAAAAGAAGUCAAGAGGAUCAGCUCUGCCCCCAUGGCAGGAUUAUUGGCAUCAUUAAGUUUCAUUCGCGCUGUCCUUUCCUUUGCUCCAGCUGAAGCUUUGAUCCUCUGUGCCUGAGAUUCAGAUGGACGUGUGCAGAGCAUAUUUUGAAUCUGUGUACCGACCGGCUGUCAUCAGCUUCUGCUUCUCACCAGCAUAAAACACCAUUUCUGCAUCUCUAUCAACUUGGCACGAAGCAAUGCAGAUGCUCCACAGGUUUUAGUUUGUGUCUUUGACUACAGCAGUUGGAUGUUGGCACCGGAGACAAUUGCUUUGGCCAUUGUUUCACUAAUUGCCAAGUAAUCUUUUCCGUCUGAACCCCUAGAUGACAUGCAGUCCCUCAUAUCUCCUGUGACCAAAGCUAUUCUGGUAGCUUUGUUCAUUUUUGCCAUUCUGCUGAUCCUGUAUGUGAUUCUAUGGUAUAUCUGCCGUGAUGUGGAUUGCGACCAUGGGAUUUGAUUUAGCAUGUUGGGCAAUAGAGUAAGAAAGGGGGUUUUCCACGCAAGGUGAAAAAAAAAAUGGACCAUUCACUUGCCACUGUAUAAAAGCCAAGACCUGAAGCUGACCUUCAGAACUCAGGGUGACCUGAUUAGGAUCAAAGAAUUCAUGGGAUUUGCAUUGCUGAAGGUGAAAGACGCAAAUGGAGCUAAAAAUACGCAGGUACUCAUUAAUGAGUGAAGGAUUACCUGACGUAACAGCUGCUUUAACACAAUGGAGAAUAAAAAUGCAGAAGGUUUGCAACCUGACCUUAAACUAGUUGCCCACCCGAGAGCAAAGAGCAAGGUAUGGAAGUACUUUGGGUUUGACACCAACGCAGAGGGAUGUAUAUUGCAGUGGAAGAAGAUAUACUGCCGCAUUUGUAUGGCCCAAAUUGCCUAUUCUGGAAACACCUCAAACCUUUCUUAUCACCUUGAGAAAAACCACCCAGAUGAGUUUUGUGAAUUUGUAAAGAGCAAUACUGAACAAAUGAGAGAAGCAUUUGCAACAGCCUUUUCCAAAUUAAAGCCAGAAUCAUCCCAGCAAGUUGUACAGGAAACUUUAAUAAUGAAAAACACCCAUAGCUUUGAGAAUAAAAAACACCUGGAGCUAACAUCUUCUGUUAUCAGCCUGAUUUGUGAGGGAAUGUACCCUGCUUCUAUAUUAGAUGAACCUACAUUUAAAAACCUUUUAAAAACAGCAGAACCAAGGUAUGAAGUUCCUAUGAGGAAGUAUAUAUGUAGCAGGGUAUUGCCAGAGAAAUAUAAUGCUAUUCGGGAGAUGGUUUUGAAAGAUCUGAAUGAUAUCUUGUGGUGUGGGAUAUCCACAGAUAUGUGGAAGAGUGUAACUCAAAACAGGUCAUAUGUGACCCUCUCAGUCUACUUUAUGUCUACUGGUCCCUCUAAUUGUUUAUCUGUAAACUCCCGCUGUUUAAAAACAUUCGAAGUGCCAGAGGAAAACAAAGCAGAGACUAUUACACGUGUACUGUAUGAAACCUUCAUUGAGUGGGGAAUCAGUGCGAAAGUUUUUGGAGCUACAACUGAUUUUAGCAAAGACAUUGUUAAGGCAUGUUCACUUCUUGAUAUUCCUGUAGACAUGCCUUGUUUAGGACAGACAUUUGAUAUGGGAAUACAGCAAGCUUUUCAACUUCCAAAGCUGUCUAGCUUGCUUUCCAGAUGUCGCAAACUUGUUGAGUAUUUUCAGCAGUCCUCCAUUGCAAUGUACAUGCUCUGUGAGAAACAGAAACAACAAAAUCUCUUUCCCUGCAUGCUCAUAAGCGACCGUGUUUCCUGGUGGGGCAGCACACUUGUGAUGCUGCAACGGCUUAAAGAACAGCAAUUUACGAUUGCAGGUGUUUUGGUGGAAGAUAGCAAUAACCAUCAUCUGAUGUUAGAAGCUAGUGAGUGGAAUACAAUUGAAGGUUUGGUGGACCUCCUACAGCCGUUCAAGCAAGUCGCUGAGAUGUUGUCAGUGUCAAAAUAUCCAACAAUUAGUAUGGUCAAACCCCUUCUCCAUAUGCUGCUAAAUACAUCAUUAAACAUCAAAGAGACAGACCCAAAAGAAAUAAGUAUGGCUAAAGAAGUGAUUGCUAAAGUUCUAUCCUCCACUUAUCAGCAGACACCAGAAAUAGACAUGUUUCUAAAUGUUGCAACUUUUUUAGAUCCGCGAUAUAAAAAACUGCCUUUUCUGUCUGCAUUUGAGCGUGCACAAGUUGAGAACAGAGUGAUAGAGGAGGCAAAAUGUUUCAUAGACAAAGGAAAAGAGAACAUUAAAAAUGAAGAAAAAGUUUUCACAAUUUCAGAAGAGCCCCCUAUGAAAAAAAUGGCUUCUUCUACCCCGCCCCCUACUAGCAGCAUCAACAGUAUGUUGGCUGAGAUUUUUUGCCAGUCGGGAUCAUCUGAAGACCAGGAGGAAUGGCAUGCCCAGGUUGUCGAAGAACUGAGUAAUUUUAAGUCACAAAAGGUUCUUGGUCUAAAUGAAGAUCCGCUUAAGUGGUGGUCUGAUCGUUUGACAUUGUUUCCACUUUUACCAAAGGUACUUCAAAAGUACUGGUGUAUAAGACCUACCCGAGUCUUCCCUGAACGUCUGUUCAAUUCAUCAGCCAAUGUUGUAAAUUCAAAAAGAAAUAGAUUAGCUCCUGCUCAUGUGGAUGAGCAGAUAUUUUUAUAUGAAAACACACACAAUUGCUCUGAAGCAGAGCCAGAAGAUGAUGAUGAAGGAGAGUGGGGCUUGCAACAAGAACAGUUUUUUAAUAUAAGUGACACAGUUAAUGUUGGCAGUGCUUUCUUUUCCAUAAGGGAUAAUGGAUUUAUUUAGAAUAUACUGUUCAAAAGGUACAUUCUGUUGCAAAACUUCCAGCAAGGUGUUUGUUUUACCAGCCACUUAAAUGUUUACCCUAGUGCAUUCUUCAUUUUAAAUGGUUCUGAAUUUAGUAUGUGUUGUCUACUAUAGUGAUACAGAUAGUGUUUGCCUAGCUCGUCCAAACUGCUUUGCUGCUGUUCCUAAACUUCAAUUCCCAGCGUACACAGUCAAAUAACAGUGAGGCUGCAGGUUGGACAUCCCUGUACUAAGCUAUACAGUGUUUCACACCUUAAAAUUAUUUAUUAAGGUCAAAGGUUAAUAUACUCAAAAUGCAACACUUUUGUUCAUUAGCAGUGUAGCAUUGUGAAUAUAUACUUCAGCACAAGCAAUAAAAAACAUCUAUUUUUUAAAAGUCAGGAAUAAAGUGGAGUUAAGGUCUGUGUUUGUUUUUUUGUUUUCCAGUGGCAACACUAACCAAAAGAAGCUCAAUAUUUCAAACAACACAAUUCUUCUAUUGUAACAUGUAUGGCUAUAGUUAUCAUUUGACUGAUUAAUUCCAUUCCAAUUGACUUAAUUCCAUAUAAUUCAAAUUAUACUGUAAAAUAAUAAAGGAUUCAUGAGCCUUUAAAGGAAAAGGAAAGUCAUUUUGGCAUUUUACUGCCACAUUAGUGCCACCUAGAACAAUAUAUUUAUUCUGCAGAAAGUAUUACCAUACCUGAGUAAAGAGCCCUAGAAGCUUUAUCUGUUUGCUUAAGACAGCAGUUGCCAUUUCCUCCAUUUUCCAUAGCUUCCUGUGGCAGCUUUAGCCCUUAUAGCUCAGAUCACACAUUCCUAAGGGAGGAGGGAGGGAUUUGUUAGCAUUCUUGUGGGAGGGGGAGCAGGAGAGAGCUGCACAGACUCUGGCCCAGGGAAUUAAGGAUUUUUCUAAAAGAGGAAGUCAGACACCCAAACAUCAUGUUAACAAAAAAGUAGACAAGAAAUAAUGUGUGUCUUUUGAGUGCAGCUUUUUUGUGAGUUCUUAUGGUUGUAUUUACAUAGACCUUUCUGAUAAAGCUAACUUAGUUUUUUCCUUUCCUUCUCCUUUAAGGCUAAUUUAUGGUUCCUGGAAGCUUCAGUUUAUAGUUGCAAAAUGAAGACUCCUUCUUCAGCUCUAAAUAGUAUGGAAUUUAACAACUUGCCACUUUUUUUUUUUAACCUGGAUGAGUGAUUUGAAAUUACUGAAUUGCUACUAACAUUUAUUUUAUCAUACAACUGAGAAGGAUAGGUGACUGGUGACACUUAAAGUGCGCCUGAUACCCCUAUGCAAUAUAUAGAUAUAAGUCUAUUUUGAGAAGAUGGUAUUCAAAAAUGUGAUGUAAAAUGUAACUUAAAAAAAAAUCUCAUAAUUUUAUAGAUAGUGCUUUGUCUCCAUCCCUUUACAGGGCAGGAACUGCUCCUAACAUGCUGUGCAUUACCAGUUCAAUGAUGUCAAUCUAAACUAGCUGGGUACACUUUCUACUUUUCAUUGACAGAAGGAAAACAAGCUCAACACUUCCUAAUCUGGGGUGGGUUAAGAAAAUCAUUACUUUUUCAUGUGUGGGCUGUGUUUAUCACAUGGUAGAGAUUCCAAGAUUGCAAGACCACACAGGUCACAGGAGUUGAGUGACUUUGAUUCCUCCUUUUCUCAAUCAAAAGUUUGAGGUUUGCCCAUCAUGUUAUGCUUAACACUGUGCCGAAAUAUGUUGGGUGGGUGUUUUGUGGAUCAUUAGAACCUAUAGUUGUUGAUGUGUGGACUUUUUAUAUUAUAUGGUACAGAUCUCAGCCUAAUACCACUCCUUGAAGAACACAACAAUUUCGGAGAAAGAAGUCUUUAAGAUUCUUCCUCCUUCCAACCAAAAGUUCAUGGUCCGUCCACAUUGUGCUGAAGUGUGCUUGUUCAGCAUUCUUUAGGCUUUGAAACUGCACCAAUAGCAGUAUCUCUCAAACCCAUACUUUUAUAUUAUACCAAUACAUAUGCCAUAUAUAUAUAAGCUGCUUACACACUAAAUAAAUGUUUUGAUGAAUGUUGUACUUAAUGUUUUAAGCUGUUUUUAACAAAUUAUUUUGUUACAUAGUCAUGCCACCAUAUUGUUUUGACCUAUUGUUAAAAAAGCCAUAAUCUUGUUGAUGUUUGCCAGCUUUGGAUGUGUUGCUUAGAGAUCUACCUAAUGCUGGAGUAUGGGAAUAAAUUCUCUAAAGAAAAUAUAUUUUUUGUUGGGGACGUUCAAGCGUUUUUAAUAUAGUUGGUCUUUCAUGGUGUAAACAUUUCAGAUUGUACAGCUGUGUGGGAACUGUUAGCGCUUUAUUAAUAAAUUAUGGACAAAAAUAAAUAAGGUACUACAUUUGUGUACCAGUACUUUGCUAUG